AGAGCAGAGAACAGGAGAUCAACAGCUGUGGACGUAUCAGAUCACCUGGUGGAAAGAGACAUUCAGCUCCGUACCUGGACAAGAAAACAGAAUCAAUGAGAAGAAUCAGGAGAAACAGCAAGACUCUCCUUCAGGAUCUCUUUUAUAGAGGAGUCCAUGGAGGAGACAGAGAUACUCCUAUUCCAGCUCAGCCUGGAAGAGAUGCUAAAAUGAUCCACUCCAUUGCCAGUCUGAUCAGAGCGAAGAGCAAACUCCUCCUCCUCGAGAAUCCUGACACUGUGGAGAUCUACAAGCUGGAUGAUUCAACAGCCCGUUCUAGCAAAACUGGUAAGGACGGUGUCUACCUCCCAGCCAUCACAACAAAGGUAUCAAGUCUAAACUCCAUCAAAGGGGCUCUCACUCAGUCCUGCCCUUACCUGUAUGACAAAAGAAGAGGAUCUUUCUCCUCAGUAUCCUCUCAGAGAACUGGAGCCCACCCUCAAAAACAGAGUAACCUAAGGGCACAAAAAGAGGCAAAGAAAUCCAACGUCACUGUGACCAUGAUCUACCUUGGACAAGGUCAUCGGGGCUCAGGGUUGGGGUCAACUCAGGAUGAACUGAAGGUCCUCCAGCAAGUCAAUGGAGGGGAGAAUAUCUGUGUCUUCAAAGGCCUGCUGACUCCAGGAGAGCAGUUCCAGUUUGCCUCUCAGAGACACAGAGGUUACCCCUUUAGUGUUACCUUGUACGUUAACGGCAUCAUGGUGGCCAGAAUCAGUUCCUGCUGUGAGUACCGCUAUGCUCCCGGCUUCCAGCAGGGCAGGAAGAGCUGCUUUAGGUUGUCUUGGCUGGCUGGUGGGAUACCCUGUUACAGAUGUACAAGUCUCCGAAACAAAUACAGCUCCUGCCAGCAGCUGAACAACGGCACAAAGGAGAACUUAAUUCUCCCUUUAGAGCAGAGCCCUGGCAAUGGUACAAAGCCUGGAAGCACCAUCGAGUCAUGUCCAUCAUCCCCUCUGUUUAUCCCAGCCAAACCAGAGAGGAAGUCAGUGAGGAGGACAAGAAAACACAUCAAGGAAGGCGGCGGAGGAUCUACAGACAGCGAGGACCCCACUGUAGCAGGGAUUAAAGAGACCUCCAAGAAGAAACGACGCAAGGGUCAAACUAAUCAGAGAGAGAGCAAAGGAAAGACAGCCAGAAAUAAGAGCGAAGAGGGACGAGACAGUAAGGGCUCGGAGGUCUCGCGGAGGUCAACAGUGACAGAAAAAUAUAAAGACCAAGCACCGUCUGCCAGACCAAAGAUGAAAGAAACCAGAAGUGUCACAGCGCUGCAGACUGAGCAGCCGCGAUCGAACAAGACAAGCAAAGUUCUCGAUUCAUUGCAGGAUGAGGAAGCUCUGACUAAGCAGAAUGGAGAGAAACAGAAGGACCUGGGAUCAAAUGAGAAAAACAGAGAUGGGGAAAGACUGAAGGACUUCUAUGAAGAAUGUGUGGAAAUAAGUGCUGCGUUGGAGCAUGGCCCAAACAAACACAACUGGUUCAAGGCAAACAUAUUGGAGAGGUGCCGGCUCCAGAAGAAACUCUCAUCGUGCCCGCCCCAAGCUCCAGGCUCAGAUGUGGAGCGUAGUGCAGAAAGUGACACCGUCCCACAGCCUGAUGAAGAGCCAGAGGAAGAGGAGGAUGCAGACAGCCAGAGUGCUGGCAAAGAAGAGCCGGUUAAAGAACAAGACCUGCAGGCACAGCUUGAUGCCAUGAUGACAGUGCUGAGCACAUCCGAUGAGGUGGAGCAGCUGGUUCUGCGGAACACGGAACUGACAGACGACCUUCUACUGAGCCUGGCGGGAUCCCUAAAGAGCAGCUUGUCCGAGGUCACACUGCUCAACCUCAACCUCAACCUCAUUGGCCCAUAUGGUGCUCACAUCCUGCUGGACAUUCUGAGAGUGAAGCCUCAGGUCAAAGGCUUACACUUGUUUGGAAACAAACUGCGUGACCAUGGAGUGCUGACCCUGUUGAAUGGAAUAGCUGAGCUGCAGGAGCAAACAGCGAGAGCUGCUGCUGCCAUCCAACAGGCAAUGCUUUUCCCAUCUGAGCAGAACAUGCUUCUGCAGGUGCCCACCGGAUGGAGCUCUUUCAGGGUUUUUGCGCUUUUAGAACUGGAUAUUGGGGGAAAUGGCUUAAGCAGCGACGGGAUAAAGGUGUUAGCAUCAUAUAUGAGGCACCACUCUUACCUUCAGUAUUUAGGGCUGGCGCAGACCAGCGGUGCCGACCUGGCGGCAUGGAAGGAACUCUUCGACAGCCUCAAAGGAAACAGCUCGCUGAGUCAGAUCAUCCUAGACGAGAACAACUUGGGGGACCCAGGGGUCAGGCUGCUGGCCGACAUGCUGAAAGAGAACAUGAGUCUGCAGCAGGUGGAUCUGGACAGAAACGGCAUCAGUGAUGUGGGAGGAAACGACAUCAUGGGGGCCUUGUUAUGCAGGACGCAGUUCCCGAUGAGGCAUCUGAGCCUUCAGGAGAACAUCAUUAGUGCAGGGCUAAUGAGUAGAAUACAGGAGCAGGUUAAAUGUAAAUGAAUCCUGCAGGACUGAGAGAACCCAAUUCCAAACCAUGAGAACCUACAUAGCAUACACAGCACUGACUUGAGAACUGCUAAGAUUUUUUGUUUACAUUUUGAGGUUUUGAGAGGAAAAAACCUGACUCAUUUGGCUUGGUCGACCUUCAAACACACACACAAAGAUCUCUUCCUUCCUAUAACUGGGUGGCCCUGCUAACAAAUGCUGCAUCUGAGUUUAGCUCAGGCAGGUAGUGUAGGAGGCAUGUUUGCUUUAGGGCUGCGCUGUGGUCUUGAUGCGUUUUCAAAGAGAUCUCAAUAAACAGAACUUUUCUUCUUUGUGGUGAGGUUACAUCUUCACCUUGAGUUUUUUUUUCUUCUUCUUCCCACUAGCAUUACCCCUCAUGACUGUGUACCUCCUACUUUGCUAAAACUGACUCCAGCACAAGGCUCACUGAUCCCUCUGUCAUUUUAUUGAAUAAUUUGCUGCCUCCUGACGAAAACCACAGUGAUUCAUUCCACCCACGGUAUUUACAGGUCAUGUACCUUCAGAACAUUUCAGUGGCCAAUCUCCUUUCUCCACUUCCACAAAUCAAAAGAGAGUUAUGGACAGCUAAUCUAUGCCACGUCAACUACCCUCAUUUUGUCAUUCUUGUCUCUUCAUGUGCUAGACAGAGCUGCUAUUCAGAAUGUAAGUAUGAUGGGGGGGAAGAAAAACUAGGGCAAAUUCAUCUGCAUUUUGAGGCCGUCAACUCAUUGUUCUAUCAACACUGACGUUCUGAGAAUAACUGAACCUAUGAUCAAAGCUUGUCAAAGUGGUAAUUAUCUCCUCCUCUCAGGGCUGCCAGUAGUGAUUCUGCUGAAACCAAUCCCUCCAUAUUUCAUCUGCAGUCUUUGCGAAUUCCUUUCUGCGGAACCCCGAUAAAGACGCUCUCCGAAGCCCCAGAGGAUGACAGAUAAAUUAGACUGGCGCACCUGAAGAUUACAUCUGCAAAAGUCAUCCUGCUCUGCUGUAUCGGACUGAAAAUGCCUUUAUUUGUUGUG